AUGGUUGCAGAGGAGGCCAUGACACCGAAAGACAACCAUGAGAUAACUGAUCCGCUUCAAGGACAGUCCAAAUGUCACCCAGGCGGGAUCAUGGUUGAAGAUCGGGAGGUGUAUGGCCAGUCUACGCGACUGGAUGACGACGUAAAAGCUAUUACGAUCGACGGCGAAGUAAUUGAAAAUGAUAUACCGGAUGAAUCAACACACUACCAAGAGGGAGGUGAACUGUUCGCGGAAGAUGUGAAACAACACAUGGCUGUACUGCCGGAAGUAACCAUACCCACGACCGAGAUGACAAUGGACGAUAUCCAGGUUGGUGAUCCUGGAAUAACCUUGACAGAGGAUCAAGAGGAUUUGCGACAACUGCUAUGGAAGAGUCGUCACCUGUUGAUCGGGAACGGAAAUGCAUUACCCCCUGCAGCACGCGGGGCCGUUUGUGAUAUGGACGUGGGAGAGGCGAGGCCGACCGCUCAGCAUGCACGACCUCUUGCGCCAAAGUUUCGUGAAUAG